AUGGAAAGAACACGGAUUGCCAAGGUCGAGAAUGUGACUUUGGCUCGUCGUGGAGACCAAGUCGACGGCGCCCUUCACCUCACCCCUCACCACCUGAUCUUCUCCCACACUCCUCUCAUCUCUAGCGAAGACGCCGCCAAGGGAGUGGCUAUCAGACCCAAAGAGCUAUGGAUCACGUAUCCGAUCAUUGCAUUUUGUACUUUGCGUCCUGCCCCCGCAGCUUCCCGCCAGCUCUCCUCUAUUCGACUUCGAUGCCGAGACUUCACUUUUGUGUGCUUCUACUUCAAGAGUGAGAAAAAGGCAAAGGAAGUUUUUGAAAGCAUCAAACAGUGGACCUGUAAAAGCGGUCGAUUAGAUAAGCUAUACGCCUUUAGCUAUCAGCCUCCUCCACCAGAGAGGGAGUUGAACGGCUGGGAUCUUUACCAACCGCGCAAGGAGUGGGAGCGCCAGGGCUUACACAAGGACAACUCCGGAUGGCGAGUUUCGGAGAUCAAUCUGGAUUACGGUUUUUCUCCGACUUAUCCUGCCCUGAUUCCUGUCCCGUCGUCGAUUUCAGACAACACACUCAAUUAUGCGGGACGAUACCGAUCAAGACAGAGAAUUCCAGCACUCACAUAUCUGCAUCCAGUGAACAAUUGCAGUAUCACACGAAGCUCACAGCCUCUCGUAGGAGUACGCCAGCAUCGUAGCAUUCAAGAUGAGAAGCUACUGGCAGCUAUCUUUUCUACGUCUCGCACUGAGCGACCGCUAGCAAGCUUCGCAAAGGCUGGCUUGGAAAAGGAAGGCUCCGAUUUGAGCCAUAGUGGGGAUUCGAGUGCUGAUUUGAAUGACUCCGCGGCAGAAGUCAUUGAUGAUGAGAUGCUAGCUGCACCUCGCGAGGGUCACAUGGCGGACCGGAUGAUCUAUGGUGCUCAGCAGCAGAAUCUUAUCGUUGAUGCCCGGCCCACAGUGAAUGCUUUCGCCAUGCAAGCCGUUGGUCUAGGCUCGGAGAAUAUGGAUAAUUACAAAUUUGCAACCAAGGCCUAUCUUGGCAUUGACAAUAUUCAUGUGAUGCGCGACUCCUUGAACAAGGUCAUUGAGGCUCUAAAGGACACUGACCUCACUCCCCUGGGCCCAAACCGUGACCAGCUUGCGCGAAGUGGAUGGUUGAAACACAUCGCAGGUAUCCUCGAAGGAGCACGUUUGAUCGCCCGUCAGGUGGGCUUGCAGCAUUCCCAUGUACUGAUACAUUGCUCGGAUGGAUGGGAUCGGACAAGCCAGCUCAGUGCGCUGAGCCAAAUAUGCCUGGAUCCCUACUUCCGGACCAUGGAAGGCUUCAUGGUUUUGAUCGAAAAGGACUGGAUGUCUUUUGGGCACAUGUUUCGGCACCGCUCUGGUCAUCUGAAUAGUGAAAAAUGGUUUCAGAUAGAGAAUGAGCGCAUUGGUGGUGACACUGAGGGAGCAGGUGCGGGUCCUGCCAAAGCUCUUGAAAAUGCGUUCCUGAGCGCCAAAGGUUUCUUCAAUCGGGACAACACUAGUCGCGACUCCCUUCCAGACUCUGAGGGAGAAUUGCAGAGCUACGACACUGACGGCCUGGCGAAGAAAGCUGGCUCUACUCCACGCACUCUAGGUUCCGAAAAGGAGGUUACGAAAGUGAAAGAAACAAGUCCCGUCUUCCAUCAGUUCCUCGAUGCGACCUACCAGCUGCUUUAUCAACACCCCACGCGCUUCGAGUUUAACGAACGUUUUCUCCGACGCCUGUUGUACCAUCUCUACUCCUGUCAAUUCGGGACUUUCUUGUUCAACAAUGAAAAGGAACGCGUGGACCUACAUGCAAGCGAGCGAACGAGAAGUGUGUGGGACUAUUUCCUAGCACGCCGGGUGCAGUUCACCAAUCCGGAUUAUGAUCCUGAGAUCGAUGACCAUAAGCGUGGCAACGAAAGAUUGAUCUUUCCACGAGUGAAGGACACUCGGUGGUGGAGCGAAGCCUUUGGUCGCUCCGACUCCGAGAUGAACGGGCCCUUCCCUUCAACCGGAUCUUUUGGGACUGAGCCUGCACCAGGUCGUACCCCUAUACUGACCGGGAUUGAGACAUCUCAGCAGGCUCCUGGGCGGCCGAGCACACCAGUGGGCGCCCGGAACAGUACUGGGCCUCAUUCAUCGGCUGUCACAGAGGAAAUUGCCCAUCUCAGCAUUUCAGAACAUCAGAGCGGGACUGCCCAAGAGGGGCGCGCCAAACCAGUUGAAUUAGAGAUGCAAUAA